AACUCUGAACCUUAUGCGCCAGGUGUGUCCUGAGUCUAGUUGGGCUCAGGAUCCAGUCCUGGUGUGUUGAGUCCACUGGACUGCUGCAUUUAGGAUGGAUCUGCCUUUUCUUGUGUUUAGUGUCCUGCUGUGUGCCAUCACAUGCUCAGCUGACAAAGGUGUGAAGGCAGCAAAAGCUCAGUCAGUAACUCUGCAGCCUUGGCUGGUGGGUCUGACAGCGGUGGUUGGUUUUCUCCUCAUUGUCUUCAUUGUACUGAUUGUGUACAGACUGCGAAGGAGGAACAGGAAGGGUCAACAGGACUGGGGUUAUGCAAAGACUGUGGACAUUGAUGGAGGCCAAUUCAAACAAACCUCUAUGUAGAAAUGAAAGUCAUCAGAUCUACUAAUUUGUUAUGAACAUGCUGAAUAAAAGUCAUUCACAGUG